CUCUCUUUUUCUCACUCUUUCUCUUGCUCUAUUUUCCCUCUUCUUAUUACUUUUUCCUGCUGAUUCCUCUCUUUCCCUCUGCCUGUCUCUGUAACCACCUGUCUUCAUUCUUCUUUUCUUACGGUCUAUGCAUCUCUUUAGCAUGUCCCGGGUGAUGCUUCUGCUGCCUCUGUGCAUAGCACUUAUGACAGUAAGGCAGGGUCAGGGAGUCCCACUGAAAGAAGAGGAGGAAUGGAAAUCACUAGACAAUCCCAGAAACAGAGACCUGUUUUUCAGAACCCUCCAGGCAUAUUUUUUGAGAAGAGGUCUUGAUCUUGAGAAGUUUCCAAAAACUUUCUACGUAAACAAUGAGAAGCCUCGGCCUUCUUCUUUCCACUCGGAUUCCAUUACUUCUGCAUUUGUGGAUUAUGAAGAACAGAAAAACUCCUUUUCCAAUUACUUCAGAGGCUGAAACUCAGCUCAGGUGGCUAUUUUUCAUCUCAGUAGAAAAAAAUAGCAGAUAUGGCUGGCCUUUCCUACUUCUGACCUUCACAUUCACUCUUACCUGACCCUUUUUAAUGGUUUUUAUUCCAUUUCUGUACAUGGAAAGUAAUCGUCUGGCUAUAUCUAAUACCCUUGUACACUUACUGAAUUGUGUAACCAUUUUUGAUAACCAUAAAGCUAAAUGAGAAAGCUGACAAUUCUCUAAAACACUAAUUGGCAGAGUGCUCAGUCUCCUAUCUUUGUCCCUGGAAGAUUUCUUUCA